CAGUUUGUUUUGUUUGGGUGGAUCCGCGCGGCGCUCCGCGAUGACAGAAACUCGUCGCGCUCCGCCGCUGUAGCCUUCUGCGUUUCCCCCACGACUCGCACGACAACUUGGUCGUAAACGAACAUGUCGUGCGCGCGCGUCGUCGUAUCGGUAGAGGCGGACAGACAAAGGUGACUUCAUCGGGAUUUCGACCUGACCUGAGACACCUGUUGCUCCAGUUUCGGCAGACAGGUGCCACCUUCCCUCGCCCCAACCAGGCGAGCCGCUCACGGGGUCGAGACACCGACCUGAAACUUGGACUAUUGGUUACUAUUUUCACAACAUUUGACCUUCACGGCUACUAUGAAAGUCACCGUGACGUUCGGGGACACCGCGGUGGUGGUUCCCUGUAAACCUGCGUGGACCGUCCGGGAUUUAAUCGACCAAGCCACGCGGAGGUACCGCAGGAUUUUGGAGCAGUAUGAGGAGAUUGAAGUGAAGACCCACCACUUGACGAACAUGUUGGGAGGGAUCAUGGACAUGGACGACCUGCUGUGUGACCUGUUGGAAGACAGGGAGAAGCUCGUGGCGGUGUUCGACGUCCAGCGCGGGAGGACGGGGAGUCCCCGGGGGACCAUUUCCAACGGCUCCUCCAGCGCCGCACCGAGCCCCGAACCCCUCCACUACUUCUCCCACCUGCACCAGCAGCAGCAGCCAAUCAGAGGAGAGAUCGAAGUCAACGAGGCCAGCCUCAAAGCCAACAAUCCUCUGUUGGUGAGGAGCAGCAGUGACCCGAUCCACGAGGCCCGAGCCACGCCUCCACCCGCUGUCCGCGGCAGCAGGUCUCCGGAUACGGAAAUCAACGUUUUGCUGAAAGGCGCUCUGGACCGACUGCACACGGACGACCCCCCCGCCAAGAUGGGCAAAGUGAACUAUAACACCCUGACAAAAGUGGUGGAGUUUCCAAGUGACUGGGGACCCCUGGGUAUCCACGUGAUCCCGUACUGCUCCUCUCUCAGUGGACGGACCCUGGGCCUGCACAUUAAGGCAUCGAGCAAAAACAGCCGCUCCGCGAGGGAGAAAAUCUUCCAGCAGGACGAGUGCAUCGUCCACAUCAACGACACGCCGCUCCAGGGACAAGACCUUCGCCCCAGUAAGUCACAGGAAGUGUUCCGCCAGGCCAUGACCUCCUCCUCCCCCUCCUCCUCCGUUCGCCUCGAGGUCCUCCCCCCGGCCAACAAGCCGCGCUACGAGAAGAGCCUGAUAGGUCAGCUUUUUGGCGGCGACAGCAAAGAACCCCCCGCGAAAGCAAAUAGUCCGAUGGUGACCCGGGCCAGAACCGAGCCGGAACCCAAACAGGAUGCCGGCACCAGACUGGAAGUGAGGCGACCUGACGCGCGCGCCAAGACGCCGGAGACGGUCGAGCCGUACACAGCGCCGGCGGAGCAACGGCCUGGGUCUGGCUCCUUGGAGAGAUUCUCACCCACACCUCCGGCCAGCAGAGGGGCGAGCGCCUCCCCGACACCCCGGACCCAAAACCAGAGCCCCCUGGUUGGUCAGAGCAAGAGCCAGAGCCCCCUGCCCGGUCAGAGCCCUGUUCCUGGGCUGAACAACCUUCCUGGCAGAAAGGGCAGCAAGAAGAUGAAAAUUGACCUGAAGAAAGGCGGCGAGGGUCUGGGCUUCACCGUGGUAACCCGAGACUCCACGGUCCACGGGCCGGGGCCCAUCCUGGUGAAGAACAUCCUGCCGCGCGGCGCAGCGAUCAAAGAUGGCCGCCUGCAGCCCGGAGACCGCAUCCUGGAGGUGAACGGUGUGGACAUGACGGGCCGCAGCCAGGAGGAGCUGGUGGCCAUGCUGCGCAGCACCCGGCAGGGAGAGAACGUGUGUGUGGUGGUGGCGCGGCAGGAGGACGUCUUCCUGCCGCGGGAACUGAAAGGGGAAGAGGACGGCAGUCUGGUGUUGGAGGACGGCAGAGAGCAGCUGAUGUACGAGAUCCCCCUCAACGAAUCGGGUUCGGCCGGCCUGGGGGUCAGCCUGAAGGGCAACAAGUCCAGGGAGACCGGGGAGGACCUGGGCAUCUUCAUCAAGUCCAUCAUCCACGGAGGGGCCGCUCACAAGGACGGCCGGUUGAGCGUCAACGACCAGAUGAUCGCGGUAAACGGCGAGUCGCUGCUGGGACGCUCCAACCACGCCGCCAUGGAGACGCUGAGGCGCUCCAUGUCGUACGAGGGCAACGCCAGGGGCACCAUCCAGCUCGUAGUGCUGCGCACGUCCAGACAGGUGCAGCAGAUGGGCAGCGGCAACGCCGCAGCGAACACGGCGACGAACGGGCCCGCCGCCAAUCGACCCAACAACCAAGCGGCCUCCGGCAAUCAGGAGCCGUGGGGGCACACUGCGCACCAGGGGCCCUCGGGACCCUCCAGACCCACGAACGCGGAGCCCACCAAGAACGCCGCGAGUCCCGCCCCGAUGGCGACCGGCAACUACGCGUACGGCAACCCUGGGAACGCUCUGUAUCCCGCUGCGACCGCCAACGGCAGCCACGGUUACUACGGCAACGGCGAUGAUGAAGGCUUCCCCCCCCCGCCCUCCCUCGCCACCGUGGAGGAAAUGAAGAGAGACUUUCCACAGACCCUCCCACGCCACAGCGAGUUCCAGAAGCAGCACCGCGCGGCGGCUUUCCAUGCAGACGACAACGUACCUCGCAACAGAGCGUCCAAGAGCAUGGACCUGGUGGCUGACGAGAGCAACAUGGGAUCACUGGUCGGGCCGAGGAAUGAGCCCUCCGCCGGCGGAGCGCUGGGCCCGACCCUGGGCCUCUGGAAGUCCAGCUCCCUCGAGAGUCUCCAGACGGCCGUGUCGGAGGCCAACCAGAGCCGCAGCAAGGCCCAGGUGCCCUUCCACCGGCCGCGGCCGCACAUGGUGCGCGGGCGCGGGAACAACCAGAGCUUCCGCAUCGCCAUCGACAAGUCCUACGACGGGCCCUCUGAAGACGACGACGACCUGUCCGACCGCAGCUCCGGCUGCGAGACGCCCGCCAGCAGCUCCUCUCGCCAGGGCCUGGACGAGGAGGAAGGAAAGAAGAAGAAGAAGAAAACCAAAGGGAAGAAGAAAGAGAAAAAGAGCAAAGGGAAGACUGUGGACGACGCGGAGAAGAAGACCAAAAAGAAAGGAUUCGGCCUCUUACGAUUCGGGAAGAAGAAAGACGACAAGAACAAAGAUGCCGCCAAAGCCUCCAAAAACAAACUGGAGGCCCUCAGUGAAGAGGAGGUGGACAGGAACCAGGACCAGCGUGGCAGCUUUGACCCGCGCUACGCCGAGAUCCAAGCCGGCCACAGCACCCCAGACUCCGCCUCCUUCCCCGAAGUGGAGGACGACGACAGCGACCCCAACUACGCCCGCAUCAACAACUUCCGCCCUCCACCCUCGCCGCAGCCGUUUAUCAGUCGCACGCCCUCCCCCGCGGCUCUGCCGGCCGGGCCGAACCCCCUCCGGACCUCCUCCGAGGAUCUGGACGGGCUCUACGCCAAGGUCAACAAGUCCAGGCCCCCGCCGGCUCUCCAGAACCAGCAUCUGACACCGGCAGACAGUGAUCAGCGUCUCCAGGGGCCGCGCAGGGAGUACCAGCAGGCCCGAGCCGCUCCGGGCUACGACGAGCUCGACGCCCAACGCCGCAGGGUCCUGGAGCACGACCCGCACCGGAUGGCACCCAGAGGUCCUGACUCCCGACCCGCGCCGCCCUACGAAGAGGUGGACCGGCAGUACCCCACACACCCCAGGAGGGAUCCAUAUGAUUACCCCAUCCACUCCAGACCCGUGCUAAGAGAACCAGCCUACCCCGGCCACUACCACGACCCUCCAGCUUCCAGCCACCCCGGCCGUGCGCCGCUCCCCCAGACGGGCACGCAAUCCCAUCAGGCGGCCGGCAACCAGCGCUACCACCCCCCGUCCUCCGGCGCGGUGCAGCAGCAGCAGCAGCAGCACCGCGCCGCAGUGAGACAGGACGUCCCCCCGUCUCCCUCCGCGGGCCGCAGGGGGCGGCACUACUACGAAGCCGUCGGAGGGCGGGGAGACGGCCACCGGCAGGCCAGCCCCGACACCAGGGAGCGCUACACCAGCCCCGAGCGCUACGCCUACGGGGACGAAAGACAACCCGACCCCAGGCGGAAGAACCCCUUGAUAGGUGCGGUGUAAAAGAAUAGGUGCUCCAGAGUGACGGACCCCUCACACAAAGAAUAUAAAUGACUCCAAAUGUAUGCGUUUCCAGCUUUGUGAAACAUAAUAUCAGCUGUCUGGGCUACCAGUGUGGAUAAGUGAGAUUUGGCCAUAUUAAUUUAUCUGAUCAGGAACCCUGAAAGCUUUAAGCGACAAGCUGGGGGGCUAAAAUGAGGCUUAUUUUCAGAACCAUCUGGUCAUAACUCUCUCCACAGGCCAAGACGGAUUUAACGUGUGUGUGCGUGUGUGUGUGGGAGUGUGUGUGUGUGUGUUUUAAUUAAGCGCAAUUAAAUUAAUGGCAAAGAUAUAUAUAUAUAUAGAGAGAGAGAGUGAGAGAGAGUAAACUUAAUAGAUAUUUUGUGUAUAGAAUCAACUAUUUUCCAGCAUUUUGCACAAGCUGAUCAAACUGAAGGAAAUAAAGAACCUUGACCAGCCGGUCUGGGAGACACAGGAAGUUGAAGUGGACAAACAGGAAAAGGAAGCAGCUCCCCUUCAAAGUAUCCUCUUGUCCUUGAUGUUUGGACUUCCUUUCCAUCCGGAUAUAACGCUUAGAUAUUUGUAGUUUUGCCUUUUGAUUCUUUGGAUGUGGACGUGGCUGAUAUAUUUACUGAAGAUUUGUCAGACGUAUAAAUGCCUUGCAUAUGAAUUUAUUUGUGAUAUUUUGGUGGUGUUUCUAAUGAAAAUGUAUAAAUGUUGAUCUGCACACAGAUUACAGAUUAUGAAAGUUGUUCUGUGUGAAUCCUCACAUGGUGCAGCUAAUAAAGAGCUUAAUACAAUUUUUUUUUUAUCCUUUGACAUGUCACUGCUUUAAGUCACUGCACUGAUUUGAUUCAAACAUGCUGUCCCAAUAAA